AAUAAGAGAGAGAGUGAGAGUGAGUUUCUUAUCCGUUAUCCGUUAUCAAUGAUUUUGGCAGUGUCGGCGUUGGGAAGAUGGAGGAUCAGCAAUAGCGAAAUGUUUAUGGUUGAGGGUGCUGCCUAUAAUUUCGGAAUCGGAAUGCGAAGUGCCAGAGUGUGGAACGGCGCGAGCCGGAGUGAGCUGGCCGGAGUCGUCGGAGUGAGGUUUGAUGGACCGGUGCCCCUAAACGGCGACGUUCUGGAGAAGGAAGUGCUCUUCGAGCAGUGCGUGACGCGGACUCUAUCUCCGGCGUUGACGUUGGAGGAGGGGCUCGAGAAAUUGAAGGACGCUCUCCACACGUUGAAGUUGCAGAGGCCUCCUUCCUCUACCGGAUUCCUCCGAUUUCAGGUCGCAGUUCCUCCUGGUUCCAAGGCCUUAGCUCUCUUCUGCUCUCAACCCCUCUCCUCCUCCGUCUUCCCUCUCGCUUACCUUUCCAAGCACAAUGCUGAUCCUAAGUCGCUCUACGUCAACGGAGCCCGCGGCGUUUGUGCCAUCGGUGCCGCUGUUUCCUUUCUCCCUCCAACCUCAAACCACCGCUCUUCCGUCAAUAGAUAUGUGUCAUCUGACUCCGCCGAUGUAGUGGCCUAUGGUUUUAUGGAUGUUAAUUUGGAUGAUGGUAAUGUGAGUCACCAGGAAGGAUCUUUUUGGUUUUUCAUCCCUCAGAUUGAGUUGGAUGAGCUGGAAAGUGUUUCCGUUCUGACCAUGUCCCUUGCAUGGGAUGAAUUUUCCCAGUCUACUUUUCAAGAAGCCUAUUAUUUGCUUGAAGUUUCUCUAGACCAGGUUAUGUGUCAUGUUUGGUCCACUAUCAACAAAGGGAAAUCCAAAUGUACUAGAGGUGCUCUCAGAAAACUAAAUUUGGUUGAAGAUAGAUCCAUUCCAAGGGUCUACAUGAACACUAUUGCACCGGGAGGAAGAGAAUGUUUGAGUGAGAUCAUGGAACUGAGAGAGUCUCCGUCUUGCAGUCAAUUUUGUUUAAGGCUAUCAGCAACCCUUGCUGUUUCAAACAAUAUGUUGGAUCGUGCCAAUGAAUUAUCGCACUCACUGAAAGAAAGUGCUAACAUUAAUGCUGUUUGGGCAUCACUUAUUGUUGAAGAGUGCACAAGACUUGGUUUGAUGUAUUUCUGUAUUGCUCCUGGAUCUAGAUCUUCCCCUCUUGCUGUUGCUGCUGCAAGUCACAAAUUAGUCACUUGUAUUUCAUGCUUUGAUGAGCGUUCACUUGCAUUUCAUGCUGUUGGAUAUGGAAGAGGAUCUCACAUUCCAGCAGUAGUCAUAACAUCAUCAGGCACAGCAGUUUCUAACCUUCUUCCAGCUGUUGUGGAGGCAAGUCAAGAUUUUGUGCCUCUUAUUUUACUUACUGCAGAUCGACCUCCAGAGCUUUUGGAUUGUGGGGCAAACCAAGCAAUUGAUCAGGUGAACCAUUUUGGUUCUUUCGUGAGAUUUUUCUUUAAUCUCCCUGCACCCACAGAUCAAAUUCCUGCAAAGAUGGUGCUCACGACUCUUGAUUCUGCUGUACAUAGGUCAACUUCUUCACCAUGUGGUCCAGUACAUAUCAACUGCCCUUUUAGAGAGCCUUUAGAAAGCAGUCCCUGUAAAUGGUUGUCUAGCUGUUUGACAGGGUUAGAUUUCUGGAUGAGUAAUGCUGAACCAUUUACCAAAUAUAUUCAUAUGCAAUUGUCUCAUACUAGUACAAAUGUGCCCGGUGAAAUGUCUGAAGUCUUGGAUCUGAUUCAAAAGUCCAAGAAUAGUCUUCUACUAUUUGGUGCAAUCCACACAGAAGAUGAGAUGUGGGCUGCUCUGCUUUUGGCUAAACACCUUCACUGGCCUGUUGUAGCAGAUAUCUUGUCAGGGUUGCGGUUGAGAACUCUUUUAAGUUCUUUUCCUGAUAUUGAAAGAAAUUUUAUAUUUGUUGAUAAUCUUGAUCAAGCUCUUCUCUCAGAUACUGUCAAGGGCUGGUUAGAGGUUGAUGUGGUUAUUCAGAUAGGAAGCAGGCUAACAAGCAAACGAGUCUGCCAAAUUCUUGAGGAUCGUGCUCCUUUUUCAUAUAUUAUGGUUGACAAACAUCCUCAUCGGCAUGAUCCAUCACAUAUUAUAACUCAUCGUAUACAAACUUCAAUUUUUGAAUUCGUGGGCUGUUUACUUAAGGCUUCAAUUUCAAAUACUAGGAGCAUGUGGGGCAUUUCCCUACAACUGUUGAGUAAAAUGGUUGAGUGGGAGAUAAAAUUUCAAAUUACUGCAGAAUGCUCCCUUACUGAGCCUUAUGUUGCACAUGUGAUAUCAGAUGCUCUUUCCUCCGAGUCUGCUCUAUUUCUUGGUAACAGUAUGCCUAUUCGGGAUGCAAAUUUAUAUGGAUGCAGUUGGUCUAUAUGCAAUCAAAGUGUUUCAUCACUAAUGUUAAAUUCCGACCUACCAAUUAACUUGACAAGAGUGGCUGCUAACAGGGGUGCUAGUGGUAUAGAUGGGUUGCUUAGCACAGCCAUUGGUUUUGCUGCAGGAUGCAACAAAAAGGUGUUGUGUGUAGUUGGAGAUAUUUCUUUAUUGCAUGAUACAAAUGGCUUGGCAAUUUUGAACCAGCGGAAACUGCGGAAACCGAUGACAAUUCUUGUGGUUAAUAAUCACGGAGGAGCAAUUUUCAGUAAUCUUCCCUUGGCAGAUAAAGUUGAAACAUCCAUAAUGCAUCAAUACUUCUAUACCUCUCACAACAUUUCAAUACGUGAACUAUGCAUGGCACAUGGCAUCAAACAUUUACAUGUGAUGACAAAGGAAGAACUUAAGGAAGCUUUGUGUGUAGCUCAACAUGAACAAAUGGACUGUAUGAUUGAAAUUGAGAGUUCCAUUGACGCCAAUGCCAGUUUUCACAGCAUUUUGAAGAAAUUUGCACUCCAAACAGUUCAACACACCAUGAAUUAUCUCUCAUGGGUUUUCAAUGAAGGCUCUAUACAUGAUGAGUUUUGUUUAUACAAAAUUUGUAAAAUCCAAUGUUCUAAAUAUAGAAUUGCACUUAAAGCUCCACCAACAUCAACAUUUGUGGUUGAUAGCUGUAAGGAAUUCUACAAAGAAGGAUUUAUUCUAUCCUUAGAGCUUGAAGAUGGAAGUGUUGGAUAUGGUGAGGUUGCACCUAUUGGCAUCCACAGGGAAAAUCUGCUAGAUGCUGAAUACCAACUUAGGUUUCUUAUCCAUGUUAUGGAACAUGUUGAUGUUAGUUGCUUCCUGUCUCUAUUGAGGGGUUCAUUUUCACAUUGGAUAUGGCAUGAGUUGGGCAUCAUGCCAUCUUUUAUUUUUCCAAGUGUAAGAUGUGGUUUGGAAAUGGCUAUCCUCAAUGCCAUUGCUAAUGCAAAAGGCUCCAACAUUCUGAACAUACUCCAUCCCUCAAUAAAUGAGAACAAUUGUGAAACGUCAUUAAAUGUUCAGAUUUGUGCAUUAAUUGAUUCAAAUGGAUCUCCAACUGAAGUUGCUAAUGCUGCUGCCAAACUAAUUGAGGAAGGAUUUUCUGCAAUUAAGCUGAAGGUAGCACGCAGGGGUGAUCCAAUGCUUGAUGCAGCAAUAAUACAAGAGGUGAGAAAGAAAGUUGGUUGCCAGGUUAUCAUCCGUGCAGAUGCUAAUCGAAGCUGGACUUAUGAAGAAGCUAUGAAAUUCAGCUCUUUGGUUAAGGAUUGUAACCUACAGUAUAUUGAGGAGCCUGUUCAGGAUGAAGAUAAUAUUCUCAAGUUUUGUGAAGAAAGUGGCUUAUCUAUUGCCCUAGAUGAAACCAUAGAUAACAUGCAAGAAAAUCCCAUGGAAAAGCUAGUGAAGUUUACUCAUCCAGCAAUAGCUGCAGUCGUUAUUAAACCGAGUGUUGUUGGUGGAUUUGAGAAUGCGGCAUUAAUUGCUCAAUGGGCCUACCAUAUGGGGAAGAUGGUCGUUGUAAGUGCUGCAUUUGAAAGCAGUCUUAGUCUUUCUGCAUAUACUCAGUUUUCUAGUUAUCUUGAAAUGCUGAGUUUAGGUACAUUCAAAGUGUUAGAUAAUGUGGCAGCACCUGCUGUAGCACAUGGUCUCGGAACCUACCGUUGGCUUAAGGAAGAUGUAACACCAAAUCCUCUUUUUAUUUAUCGUAAUCCAAAAAGUGGUUUUGUUGAAGCGUCCGUGGAAGAUGCUAGUCGAUUGGUCCGUGAUUUUCAAGUCAACAAAAAAGUUGUCUCAUACGUUAUUGUUGAGGAGGAAGUUCGUCAGUACCAAUGUAGAAUAGAGCUUAACAAUGUAUCUUGUUCUUUUGAAGUUCGCGAGACUGGCCUUCAAACAAAUGAUAACGUGCUGGUAUUUCUUCAUGGAUUUCUUGGAACUGGUGAAGACUGGAUUAAUAUCAUGAAGACCUUUUCUGGAUCAGCAAAGUGCAUUUCUGUUGACCUUCCUGGUCAUGGAAAAUCAAUACUACAUGGCUUAGAGGGUGUUGGUGAGGAACCAUGGCUGUCAUUGGAGACAGUUGCUGAUAUAUUGCAUGAAUUAGUUCACCACAUAGCUCCAGGAAAGGUUACACUAGUCGGGUACUCAAUGGGCGCAAGGAUUGCAUUGUUUAUGGCUCUCAAAUUUGGCACCAAGAUAAAGGGUGCCAUAUUAAUAUCUGGAAGCCCUGGAUUAAAUGAUAAAUUAUCAAGAAAAAUUCGUGCGGCUAAAGAUGAUUCUAGAGCAUCCACAGUCAUUACACAUGGCUUACAACUUUUUGUCAGUUCCUGGUAUGCUGGAGAGUUGUGGAAAAGCUUACGAAGUCAUCCCCAUUCCAGUCGAAUUAUUGCUAGUCGCUUGCAGCAUGAUGACGUGCAGAGUCUUGCACAGAUGCUGUCUGGAUUAAGCAUAGGAAGGCAUCUGUGCUUUAAAUACAUCAGUAGUUGCAAUAAAGUUUCUAUGUUGGAGAUAGGGGUGGUCAAUACAAACAAAUUGGGAAAUGGGAUACAUGGGAUACCUUACACAUGAUUUCUAUUGCCUUUCCUCGUGGACAUUUAUCUAUAGUUCUGAUGACUCUAUUUGCUAUGGGUCCUAAGUGGACUCUUCCAUUUUAUAUUUUUUUCCAAAGAAUUCAUUUUUAUCUCCCUAUGUAUUGUCAUGAUUAACCUCUUUCAUGUACUGUAGAAACACAAGGGAUAAUGACUAUAAGACCUAGCGACACCAAGGGUGAUAACACUUAUACCCGUUUUUAUUUGAGGAGUAAAUGUUGAAAUAUGGGUGUAAAUAUUGCACAUUUAGUGAACAAUAAAUAAAGAUUGAUUGGAUGAUAAAUAUAGAUUUGUUUGUAAGAAAUCCCUAUAAUUAAGGCAUUAGGAGUUUAUUUGGUAGGUUUGGUCCAAAUUUAGAGUCUUUAAGUCUGGAGAUUUAUUUCCCUUUAUUAGGAUUUCGUUUUUCCUUUAAAUACCAAUUUAUUCUUUUUUUUAGAUCAAGAAAAUUAAUUCCGUAAUUAUUGCUUAGUGUUGAAAACAGAAGUAGGAUGCUGGAAAUAAUUAUUCUCACGUUCAUACUUUUGAAACAAUACAUAGGUGUUUAAAAAACAAAACAUGGUCUAAUUAAGGUAAAAAAUCUCCUGAAAUAAAGUCUCUAAAUCAGAAGAUAUCUAUCCAAUAAUACCUAAUCUUAAUGAAAGGAAAUCUGCCUAAUAAUUACUAAUCCUAAUUCCUUAAUUUUAGGGAUUACACAUAAUUGCCAUAUUAAUUGUAAUAUUUAUUGCUUAAUAAAUUCACAUAUUCUGACACUUAAUGCCUACGAUUUUUUUCAUAUUGUAUUAGAGUCAUUAAGAGCUUAUCCUAAUCAAGUUAUUUGGGGCUAUUAUGUCACCGCCAUCCAACUCUUUUUUUUAUCUUUUUUUUAGAUCACCCUCUAAUAUCUAAUCAUAUCCUCAAGAUGUUUAUUUCUUGGUGUGAGGGACUAUGUUGAGAUCUAACAUCAACUACGAAUAAGACUAAAUUAUAGUUGUUGUAAUUAGAGGAAAUAUUUAUAGAAUCUUCUCGAUUAGAGUGUUUAUGUCUGGAGAUUUAUUUUAUUUAAUUUAGGAAAUUUAUUUCCUUUUAUCAGGAUUUCAUUUUUCCUUUAAAUACCAAUGUAUUGUUUUUUUUUAGAUCAUGAAUAGUAGUUCAAUAAUUAUUGCUUAGUGCCUACACUUUUUUUCACAACUGAAAACUAACAAUCUACACCGUUGUCAAACUAACAAGUGUAACUAUGUCUGGCUAUAUCACAGUUAUCAAACAGGGAUAGAUGUAACUAGUUACAAUUAUAACAGAAGCUUAUUAUACUAUAACAAAAUGGAAAAUCAUGUAUUUUAGGGGAUUGAAUAUAUGUAUGGUUGUGAGAGAAAGACAAUUAUAUGAAUCGUUAAUUUGUAUUAUCUACACCACUUAAUUUAUAUAUUUGAAUGAUACACUGUAAUCAUUUAACUUAAAAUUUCUCGUUACCUGAGA